UGCAAAUUUUUAUAUCUAAUAUCUCUGUAUGAUGGAAAAUUUUAAUUUAGAGCUAAUUGUAUGAAAAUAUUUCAUUAACUUAUCAAUACUUUUUUUUGUUAAUUUUGCUGUAUUGUAGUUUAUUAGGCAACACUGCCUUUCAAUUCCUCCCGCCAAUUUUAGAGCGAGUAGUCGGAAUAUUUCGUGGCACCUUUUUAUCUUUUUAAAGCUAUAAUCAACUAUACAUUGUUUUUAUUCGUGCAUAGUUUUGAAGGAAUUCUGAAAUUGUAUCAUUACAUUGACUUCAAAUAGGGUUUAAAGGUCAUAAAGCUACUACAUCAGUGAUGGCAAAAGUACAUGUCUGUAAUGUUGUUGUACUUGAUAACCCAUCGCUAUUCUUUAAUCCUUUUCAAUUCGAAGUAACAUUUGAGUGUAUUGAAGAUCUGAAAGAAG